UAGGGUUCGUUCUUCUUCGCAUAUAAAUUUAGCAAACAAGGAACCUAAAACCUCACUUGCAGCAGCGAUAGCAGCAGCCUCUCUCUCUCUCAUCUUGUGAUUUGAGCGUUUAGUAUUCUUGAAGCAAUUCGCAAAGAUGCAGAACGAAGAGGGUCAAAACAUGGAUCUUUACAUCCCCAGAAAAUGUUCGGCCACUAAUCGGUUGAUCACCUCGAAGGAUCAUGCCUCUGUUCAGAUUAAUGUUGGACAUUUGGAUGAGCUUGGCAGAUACACUGGAACCUUCUCCACUUUUGCUCUUUGUGGCUUUGUCCGUGCCCAGGGUGAUGCGGACAGUGCGCUUGACAGACUCUGGCAGAAGAAGAAAGCUGAAGUCCGACAGCAGUAGUGGUAUUUCCCUUUUAGUACUAAAAUGGUCUUGACUUUGGAAGUGAAUUAAAUUCUAGCUUGUGUUUUUAAGGAUUAUGCAUUGAACCUAAUGUAUUUGCCUCUUUGUUUC